CGUAGAACGACAGGACUGCAGCGGCAAAGGCAAGGGAACCAGCGCCGCAGCCCAUGCUUGCACACUAAAUGCACGCCGCCGGCACGGGAUCACCUCCGUCCCCCUGUCGCUCUCCAAAACAUCCCGACCCCGCGACCGUGACCCAAACGGGCCAAGAAACGGAUCGGGAGGCAACGACACACAGGCCAGGGCCAUGGCGUCCGCGUCCGCGUCCUCCUCUCCCACGCUCGCCGCCGCCUUGCUCGUGCUCCUCCUCUCCUCCUCCGCCGGCGCACGCGAGGCUGCUGCUGCUGCGGCGUCGGCGGCGCCGGCGCUGGACCAGGUGUGCGGGAGGCUGGGCAGCUACUACGUGACCCCGGCCCUCUGCGCGUCCGCGCUCUGCGCCGACCCCGCCGCGCCCUGCCGCGCCGCGCGCGACGCGCCCGCGGUGGCGGCGCUGGCCGCCCGCCUCGCGGCCGCCAACGCCACGGCUGCCAGGGACAGCGUCGAGGCUGCCCUCUCCUCCUCCCCGCCGCCGCCCUCCGCGACCAACAGCAGCGCUGCGGCGUCCGCGGCGGCGGCGGCCGCGCGGUCGUGCCUGCAGCUGUACGCGGGCGCGGUGCCGUCGCUGCGGUGGGCGGCGCGGGCCGUGGCCGCCGGCCGGUACCGCGGCGCGCGGGAGGUGCUGCAGGCGGCGCAGUACGUGGCCGCCGGCUGCGAGGGCAUGGCCGGGGACGCCGCCGCCGCGCUGCCGCGCGAGAACGCCGGGUUCGGCGACAUGGCCUUCGUCGCGCACGCCGUCGUCGCCUCCAUGCCCGCCGACUGAUCCCUAUCGAUCUGCCGGCCGACGUCGACUCCUCGGCUCUCGCCUUGGCUAAGCUCCGGCCCGUACAAGUGCAGAAGCUCGCUGUAAUAAUCAAUGCGCUGUUGCAGCAACAGCUUGUAUCGUGUCCUGCCAUAUAGAUCCAUGAAGGCAUGAACAGAACCUCUAGGCUGUGGUGUUUCUUUGAUCCCGUGUAAAUUCGAUUCGCACACUUGAUCUGCUCCUGCACGUAGGCAAGGCCAACUGUGCGAUGCACUGGCUGAAUUUGCAGAUACAUGAUGAUCCUUUCCUCAAAUUCAAAAUCGAAUAAUUGGAAGGCUUAUGGAAAUUGGUGCAAA